UCCUCCGCCAUCCGCACGCGCCACGCUCGCCAUGUUCAGCGACGGCGCGUCCGGGCUGCUCCUCCUUGUCCUGGCGGCCUUCGUCGCGGCGGCCGCCGCCGCGUCCGAGGGCGACGUGCUGCUGACCUUCCGGGCGACCCUGCGCGGGCCCGUGGGCGACCGCCCUCCGGCGCCGCUCGACCAGUGGGUUUCCUCCACCGGCACCGGCCCGUGCCAGGCGCCGGUGUGGUACGGGGUGCGGUGCCACCCGGUCACAAACCAGGUGCUCGGGCUCCGCCUCGAGUACCUCGGCCUGCAGGGCGCCGUCCCUGACAUGGCCCCGCUCGCGACCCUCCCGGGCCUCCGCGUGCUCAGCUUCGCCAACAACAACCUCACGGGCGCGUUCCCGGCUGGGCUCUCUGCGCUCCCUGCCCUCAAGACGCUCUACCUCUCCCGGAACCGCCUCGCCGGCGACAUACCGAACGGCGCCUUCGCGGCCAUGCGGGGACUCAAGAAGCUCUUCCUCGGAGACAACGCCUUCACGGGGCCCAUCCCGGGCUCCAUCACCUCGCCCAAGCUGCUCGUGGUGCAGCUCGCCAGGAAUCGCUUCCAGGGGGCAAUCCCGAACUUCGACCAGAAGGAGCUCCUGCUCUUCGACGUCUCCGACAACCAACUCUCCGGCCCCAUCCCCGAAGUGCUCAGCCGGUUCGACGCCGCCUCGUUCCAAGGAAAUAAGGAUCUCUGCGGCGCACCGCUCAAUGUUGCGUGCCCUCCAACAGCAUCUUAAGUAGCGCCUCGUCGUCACCAGAUUCAUGGGUGGAGAUGGGUUUAAGGUAGUUUGAGAGUCGAAUAAAGUAAUUUUGCCAAGAUAUCAACAAUUUAUAGGCAAAGGCUAUGAGUGCGGAGGCUUGCUCCGCUUUUCCCUUUUGCAUUUUCACAAUAAGUCGGUAAACCAAAUCUAUGUUGAUGUUAAUGAUGAUGCUUGAGUUUGGUACUCACGUUAA